UCGCCCCGUCUUGUCAUUGCCUACGUGGACAGAACGCUUUGCUGCGCCGAUCUCUUCUUGCCGCAUUGCUUAGGCGGGAGAGAUUGCCCGUCGACCAGUGGAAGGCCGGAAAGGCAACGAACAUCUGUGGGUGCACAUUGUGAAGAUGGCUGGCGCGUGCGCGAGUGUUUGGCUGGCGCGCACGGGCGUCGGCGGAGCUGGGGAGCUGAUCGAGCGCGACGAAGCCCGCCAUUGUGUAGAGCUUCAUUUGCCCGCACGCAGCCACGUUGUCGGCUGCGGAUUCGCCGGGCUGAGACCUAAUGCAACCGCUGACGGUAAUUUGAUACUAACUGGGAAAACCACAAGUCGCAAUAGAAUUAGCGGGACACACCACCGCCGCCGACAUGGCUCGCAUGUGGUCGGUAAUGGACCUGUCCACGUGGUUGCUGAGCGGACGGCGGUGGCAACGCCGUCAGCGGCUAGAAACGACGCGUCAGGUCUGGCCUUUGACUGCGUCAUUGUGGGAGGGGGAAUCUCUGGUUUGUGCACGGCCCAAGCACUGGCCACGCAGCAUGACAGUACCGUGCAACGUGUCCUCGUUACAGAAGCUCGUGAGCGGGUUGGCGGUAAUAUCACGACCGUCGAGAGUGAUGAUGGCUAUCUCUGGGAGGAAGGGCCCAACAGCUUUCAGCCAAACGUCUCCAUGCUUCGGAUGGCCAUUGACUCCGGGUUGAAGGAUGAUUUGGUCCUGGCUGACCCAGAUUCGCCAAGAUUUGUCCUAUGGGACGGGGAACUAAGGCCAGUGCCAGCCGGAUUGAAAGAUCUUCCCUUCUUCGACCUCAUGAGCCCACUUGGCAAGAUCCGUGCAGGGCUUGGUGCGCUCGGCAUUCGACCAGCCCCUCCUCAGGGGAAGGAGGAGUCCGUGGAGGAGUUCGUGCGAAGAAAUCUUGGAAGCGAGGUAUUCGAGCGCCUUAUUGAGCCAUUCUGCUCUGGUGUGUAUGCGGGGAACCCUGAGAAACUGAGCAUGAAGGCGGCGUUUGGAAAAGUGUGGAAAUUGGAGCAGCUCGGGGGAAGCAUCAUUGGGGGAACGCUGAAACUGUUACAGGAGAGGAAGAAAAGUCCUCCGCCACCACCUGAUCCGCGUCUUCCCAAGCCCAAGGGUCAGACAGUUGGAUCCUUCCAGAAGGGUCUUAGUACUUUACCCAAAGCCAUUGCCAAAAGUCUUGGAGAGAACAAGGUCAAGGUCAACUGGAAGCUUAAGGAAAUCAGGAGGCUUGACCAAAACAGCUGUAGAUACCAGUUAAUCUAUGAUACGCCAGAUGGUUUGCAAACUAUCAGCACAAACACUGUAGUCCUGACUGUACCUGCCUAUGUUGCUGCAGAUCUGAUUCGCCCUCUCUCGGUCCACUCCUUUGUCACCCCAUCCAUUCAUCCGUUCUUUCUGGAGCUGUCUGUUUGGAGCUUUCUGUCUGUGUGACUCGAAGUAAAAGUAGAAUGAGUGC